AUGGUGCAUGUGGUAAAACUGAAAGUUUCAUGGAUUCGUAUCGAUGGGAGCACUCCCAUUUAUUCGCGGGCGGCAUCCCUCUCACGGUUUAAUCAGGGCGAUGCUCGAGUUGCAAUUAUAGGCAUUACUGCCUGUGCCGUUGGAAUACAAUUGACAGCUGCAUCGUGUGCCUUAUUUGCCGAGCUUCCGCCUGACGCGACGUGGAUGCAACAGGCAGAAGAUCGGCUGCAUCGUCCUGGACAAGAGAAACAUGUUGUUUUCUUUUACAUUGUGGGGGCAAAUUCAUUUUUUGAUAGUGAGCGUUUUGCACGGCUGUGCCGCUCAUUUCAGUCUGUUCGUCGCACCACCGAUGGAGUGCCUUCUUCUCUGACUGCAAGUUAUGCAAGUCACAUUGAGCCAUUUGGUGGUGAUAUCACGGAUACAAAUUUAUCCGUUGUGAAAAUCGCAAGCACUUCCUUUAAUCUUGCGGCCUCAACACCGCUUGUGUUCCGCAUUAGUUCCAACACAGGACGCAUCCACGUGAAACAAGGCGGGAAUUACUUAUUGAGUCUCUCUCUCGAUGAAGCGCAGCAGCACUGGCCUCUCACGGACGACUUCUCACAGGAGUUAAAAAAGUUUAUAUUAAACGUGGAGUCCUUGUCGUUGGUUGAACGUCGCCAACUGCGGUUAAGUUCUGUUUGGCUUCCAUCGAAUUUCUCAUGGCGGAGAGAAAAGAGACAGCGAAAAACUUUUGUUCGCUAUGCUCAAGAUCGACCCGUCCUGGGAAGAGUAUUUUUCUGGAAGGUUCAGCGACAUCCGUACCCAUCACAUCCAUACGCGGCACAACUGGGGAUCUCGGGAAAUGGCUACGUGCCGCUCUGCUUGGAGUGCGAAGGCAUUUUUCCAACCCUAUUCUCUCCAUCGCCCGGUGAUGUUGUGUGCAUUGAAAAGGAUACAGACAUGUUUUGCAGUGGCCGGUGUCGUGCGGCCUUUUAUAUUAAGCGUUCCGGAUCUGUUGCUCGAAGAAGUCUCCGAGAGGCUGAUAAAGGCAUUUGUUUUCACUGCCAGGUUGAUUGCGAGAUGCUCUGUUCAUUGCUAGCGGCCGCAACGACAUGGAAAGAGCGAGAAGCCAUUUUGGACCGUAUGCAUCCGCAGAUGCGGCAGCAUCCGACACUUUUUAGGCGAAUUGUCGAAAAUCCAGUUGCCGGAAACAUCUGGAAUGCAGAUCACAUCUUGCCUGUGAGUCAGGGCGGAGGUGAGGCGACUAUGGACAACCUCCAAACCCUCUGCGUGGCGUGUCAUGCGGAGAAGACAAUGUGUGAGUCGAAAAUUCGACACAAAGACGCUUUCAAGGGGAGCUACCGCACCACGGUGGAUCUCUCCAGACAUCGUCUCACGGUGAAGGGCCCACGCCGUGUGACGGCAGAACGUUUGCUGUUUUUGAAGGAACAAGCCUUGUACUUUGCCCUGCGCCUUUUUUUUUUGUGUGUGUCUCCUUUUUCUUUGGGGUUCCACCGGACUACGUUCCCGUUUUUUUUUUCUUUUUUUUUUUGA